GCGGAGCCGACUCUCAGCGGCAGCACAGAGGAGCGGCGGCGUCGACUCGGCGUAGCGCAAAGUGACAGGGCGUCUUCUUCUAAUUUACAUGAUUAAAACACUAAACGGGGAGGAAGACAGCCGCGGAUCGUCAGAAACACAUCCCAAAUACCCAGUCCGCCAUGGAGUCCUAUGACAUUUUAGCUAACCAGCCCGUUGUGAUCGAUAAUGGUUCGGGGGUUAUCAAGGCUGGGUUCGCAGGAGACCAGAUCCCCAAAUACUGCUUCCCUAACUAUGUGGGACGUCCCAAGCAUGUGCGCGUGAUGGCGGGCGCCCUGGAGGGAGACCUCUUCAUCGGACCCAAGGCCGAGGAGCACAGGGGCCUCCUGUCCGUCCGGUACCCGAUGGAACACGGCAUCGUCACCGACUGGAACGACAUGGAGAGGAUCUGGCAGUACGUUUACUCCAAGGAGCAGCUGCAGACGUUCUCCGAGGAGCAUCCUGUGCUUCUGACCGAGGCUCCUCUCAACCCCAGCGUGAACAGGGAGAAAGCUGCAGAGGUUUUCUUCGAGACCUUCAACGUCCCCGCGCUCUUCAUCUCCAUGCAGGCCGUGCUCAGCUUGUACGCCACGGGCCGGACCACCGGCGUGGUGCUGGACUCGGGGGACGGCGUGACCCACGUGGUGCCCAUCUACGAGGGCUUCGCCAUCCCUCACUCCAUCAUGAGGGUGGACAUCGCUGGACGGGACGUGUCCCGGUACCUGCGCCUGCUGCUGCGCAAGGAAGGAUACAACUUCAACACGUCGGCGGAGUUCGAGGUGGUUCGCACGGUCAAAGAGAGAGCCUGCUACCUGUCCCUCAACCCCCAGAAGGACGAGACCCUGGAGACGGAGAAGGCUCAGUACGUCCUCCCUGAUGGAAGCACUUUAAACAUCGGUCCGGCCAGGUUCAGAGCUCCAGAGCUGCUCUUCAGACCAGACCUGAUCGGAGACGAGAGCUCGGGGAUCCACGAGGUCCUGGCCUACGCCAUCCAGAAGUCUGACAUGGACCUGAGGCGCACACUCUUCUCCACCAUCGUGCUGUGUGGGGGGUCCACGCUGAUCAAAGGCUUCGGUGAGAGGCUACUAACUGAAGUGAAGAAGCUGGCGCCCAAAGACGUGAAGAUCAAGAUUUCUGCUCCUCAGGAGAGACUCUACUCCACAUGGAUCGGUGGCUCCAUCUUGGCGUCGUUGGACACCUUUAAGAAGAUGUGGGUGUCGAAGCGAGAAUACGAAGAAGACAGAGCACGUGCCAUCCACAGGAAGACCUUCUAGACCAUCACCCUCCUCCCUCCCUCCCUCCUCCCUCCUCCUCCUCCUCCUAACCCAGCUCCAUCGCCCCCCCCCCCCCCCCCACCCUCCUCCUCCUCCUCCACCUCCUCCUCCAGCGUCUGCUCAGAGGCUGCUGACGGUUUUCACUGUGGACUCGUACUACAGACCUGCUCCUCUCUAAGUCCACGUUGAAGUAUUUGCUGUUGCUCUGACGGUGAAGGUGUAGAAUAUCAUGAAUAAACAUGAAUGUUUGUUUUUUUGUUUUUUUUUUGCUACUGUUUAAAUUUCCAUUCCAGACGAAGAUUCUUUUAUUCUUUUAUUUUAUUUGGAUGUUUGACUCGUCCACAGGAAGUUUCCGGACCUCCGCCGCCGUAAAUAAAUUGGUUAAAACGAGCUCGACUGAAGUCACUGUUAAUGACGACGAGGACUGAACCUUCAGCAUCGCUGCUGUUAUUAUCUUCAUCUUCAUCAUCAUCUUCAUCAUUAUCAUUAUUUUAUUAUUUUAUUAUUUUAUUGUUGUUCUCAGCAGCCAAUGGUUAAAGGAGAGAAGAUGGUUUUAUCCUCAGCUCUGACUCUGAACACAAAUAAACUGAAUUCACUCAAACCAAACCGA